AUGAUGAGGAGAGGCUUCCAGGUGGCAGUUAGACUUGGCCUGCCCAGGACUCUGCAUAUCCUGCCCAGACUCAACUCUACCUCCACAUCUGGAUCUUCCACAGGCUCCCGGGUCUCAAGAUUCUGCCCAGAGAAGACAGACUUGAAAGAUUAUGCCCUUCCCAAUGCCAGCUGGGGCCCAGACAUGCUGAACCUGUACCAGGAGUUUCUGGAGAAGACCACCUCAGAAGGCUGGAUCAAGCUGCCCUCGUUCAAGUCCAACAGAGACCACAUCCAAGGACUAAAGCUCCCAUCUGGCUUGGUAGCUACCUCAGACAAAGGUGACUACUGCAUCUUUACCAGGUGCAUCCAGGUGGCAGGACAAGGCUAUGAGUACGUCAUCUUUUUCCACCCAGCCAAGAAGAGGUCCGUCUGUCUUUUCCAACCAGGCCCUUACCUGGAGGGGGCCCCAGGGUUCGCCCAUGGAGGGUCUCUGGCAGCCAUGAUGGACGAGACCUUUUCUAAAACUGCCUACCUAGCUGGAGAGGGGCUGUUCACGCUAAGCCUCAACAUCAGGUUCAAAAACCUGCUUCCCGUGGGCUCUCUGGCUGUCCUGGACGUCCACGUGGAGAAGAUUGAGGACCAGAAGCUCUAUAUGUCCUGUACUGCCCGGAGCAGAGACCAGCAGACAGUGUUUGCCAAGUCCUCAGGUAUCUUUCUGCAGCUGCAGCUGGAAGAAGAGUCACCCCAGUAACAGUCGCUAUGCCAUCAGCAGAG